GGGGAUUGGCUGUAAGGAGCUUUUCCGGAAAGGGAAGGUAAACACUAUGGUAACCCAGCAAACGGACAACCAACGUUAAAAACUAUGAGCUAAAGCGACGCUGCGCCGUAAACGACCCCGGACUCUUUGUGCUUAGGCGUCCGAGAGAGCUUUGCCAGACAUGGUGGAUGUGUUUUACGGUCGGACCCUCCUGAAUAAGGACGGGAAGUUCUUGGAGCCGGAGGAGGUGCUGAGGAACAAAGUGGUGGGGCUUUACUUCUCCGCGGGAUGGUGCCCUCCGUGUCGGGACUUCACGCCCGUCCUGUGUGAUUUUUACACGGAGCUGGUGGAGGAGAGCGAGCCCCCUGCUCAGUUCGAGAUCGUCUUCAUCUCCUCGGACAAGUCGUCGCACGACAUGGUGGAAUAUUACUACGACAUGCACGGAGACUGGCUGGCUUUACCCUGGGGCGAUGAUUACAAGCACGAGCUAAAGCAGCGCUACAACAUCACAGCCGUCCCCAAACUGGUGAUCGUGAAGGAGAACGGCGACGUGAUCACCGACAAGGGGAGGAAGCAAAUCCGAGACCGAGGCCUGGCCUGCUUCAGGUCCUGGCUGGACGCUGCCGAAAUCUUUCAGAACUUCAAGGGUUAAGGAGGAGCACGAACCCAAAGUCACUUGUGAAAUACUUGGCUUCGGUUUAAGUCUGAAGCCUGUGCAGAAUAAAUGUGGGGGGAAAAAACCCGAUUUCCUUUACCCAAAAUGAUCUUCUA